CGGAAGCGGUAGGAGGGGCGGUGGGCGUGGCCUCCGGAGCCCCUCCCCCCGCUGAGUGAGAGUCACCUGGAGGAGACGCGGCGUUUCCCUCGCCGCCGCAGACUGAGACUCGCUGGAUGAGGAGCCGCUGGUUUCUUGAGGAAUUGUCAGUUUUUCAAUCGAUGACCGAGUGCAGCCUGAACGCGGCGACUGGAUUUAUUUGGACCCUUGGCGGAAUAUUAGGAGCUUUUCUUUUCCCCGUUAAUUGUUUUUCAGUCAGUGCGGAACAUGAGUUGGACGCAGCUGAUCAGGCUCGUGCUCUGUGCGUUCAUCUGCCUGCAGGUCACUGCUGCUCUGCCUUCUACAGACUGCGAAGGAGCAGAGUGCAACAGAGGCCAGACCUCCUCUUCCUCCUCCUCCUCCACAUCUGCCUCCUCCUCGGUGAAGCCGUCCAAAGACUUCCUGGACCAGUUUGCACAGGUGAGCGCUCCAAACAGCGCCGACCGCAAACACCGCGAUGCCGGCGCCGUCCUGCCCUUCAUCGGCCUCACCAGCAGCGCAGAGCAGAGUCGUAGCUGCUGUAAGAACGGAGGCACGUGCAUCCUGGGCAGUUUCUGUGCAUGUCCUCCGUUCUUCACGGGCCGAAGCUGUGAAUACGACCAGCGCAUCCGGACCUGCGGGGCGAUUCCACACGGUGAGUGGGUUCAGAAGGGAUGCUCCUACUGUCGCUGUGGGUACGGCAUCCUGCACUGCUUCCCCCACGUCUUCCAUAAAGACUGUGAUGACUCGGAGGAGGUGCGCUGGUAUCGCUCAUCAGCGGUGGGACCAGCUCAGACCAACUGCUUCCUGUUUGUGACGCUGCUGUUUUCGCUGCUCCUCUUCCUCUGAUGCUUUUAAAGUCCCAGAUGCUCAGAGGUUUUUACCAGAUCUGAGCUUAAAACGGUUUUAAAUAUUUAUUGUGUACAUUUCAGAUUUCACAGUAACUGAACAGAACAGGACAUCAGACAUGCAGCUCAUAAUUACCCUGAAAAAGUGACUUCAAAUGAAUUUGCAGGUCAACUUUGUUGUGAUUUAUGGACGUGUUUUUAACAAACUGGAGUUGCUGGUGUUCAGGGGCUUCCUUCACUUUUUAGGGAUGAAUGUAUAAAAGCACUAAAGGCUGAACUGACUUACGAUGUGUGAUAUUUAGAAGAACACGAAGUGAAGUGGACAAUUUUAGUUAUGUAUCUUGACGUGUUGUUUACAACCAUUUUGCUUGAUUUUAAUAUAAAUUCAUUGCAUACAUUUUUUAAAAAAGGUACGUUUCCUUAAAAAUAAACUAAAAUAACAUAUUAAUGAAAUUUUACAGAUUUAUGUCCAGUCUCUUUAAAAUAAAUUUAUUGUGACACAUUAGACAUUAAACACCUGAUCCAAAGUCAGCGUUCUCCGUCCCUUAAACAUGUUCCUUCCAGUGGAAGGUAGUGUGUCGGUGUUGUCGCUUGUGUGGUGGAGACUGUACAUAAGAUUUUUAUAAAAGAUAUGUUUUGUUCUUUGCAGUUUUUGAUUGUGUAGCUGAACAUCAACUGUUUUGUAUUUUUUCGAGUUUAUGUGUGGAUGAUUUUUAACUGUCUAUUUGCACAAACUGUUCCCUGAUGUCCUUGGAAAUAAACAUGCGCAAUACGUGUUUAUUAAAAGUGAACUGAACAAAUGA